AUGCAAAGAGAGCAACCGGUGGCUUACGCAUCUAGAGCCUUGAAUACAGCCGAGAGAAAUUAUGCACAAAUUGAAAAAGAGAUGCUUGGAAUUGUGUAUGGACUACAGAAGUUCAAUGAAUAUGUGUAUGGAAAAACUGUUUUAGUCGAAACCGAUCACAAACCACUAGAGAGCCUAUUCAAGAAACCCUUAUCCAGUGCACCACCUCGACUACAACGCAUGAUGUUAAAAGUCCAGCAACAUGACAUAGUAGUGAAAUACAAAGCUGGCAAGGAACUUUAUAUUGCGGACACAUUGUCUAGAUCCAAAGGAUUUGAACAAGUUGGUAAUCUUGAGGAGCAAUUUGAAGUACAUGUCAUUGACACUAUUCCAGUAAGCCAUGAAAAAGUGACACUUUUUCAGAGUGAAACUACAAAAGACCCGCUUCUCAUGAAACUAAAGGAUCCAGUUCUACAGGGAUGGCCGACAAACAAGAGAGACUUGGAUAGUGAACUUACUCCCUAUUGGAAUUUUAGAGAUGAAAUCAGCAUUGUUGAUGGCUUAUUGUUGAAAGGAGACCGCAUUAUUACACCAGAGAAGCUUCGACCAGAGAUGUUGAAAAUCCUACACAGCAGUCACCUGGGACAAGAGAAAUGCAUACAAAGAGCGAAGUCAACACUGUUUUGGCCAGGGAUUACCACACAGCUGAAAGACUUGAUAGAACAGUGUAAUAUCUGCAACCGAUACCGAAACUGUCAACAGAAAGAGCCAAUGAUAUCACAUGAGAUCCCAGGAUAUCCAUGGCAGAAAGUGGCAGCAGACAUUAUGUUUUUCGGAAACGCAAGAUAUCUCAUAACAGUUGAUUACUUCUCAAAGUUCAUUGAAGUGAAUCGCUUACCAGAUGGGAAAGCUGCUACAAUUAUUAACAUACUGAAACAGCAUUUCGCACGACAAGGAAUCCCUGAGGAGUUCAUCAGCGACAAUGGACCUGAGUUUGCAAACUAUGAAUUCCGACAAUUUGCUAAGGAAUAUGACUUCCAACAUACAACAUCAUCGCCGAGAUACCCACAGAGCAAUGGUAUGGCUGAAAGAGCUGUUCAGACAAUCAAAAACAUUUUCAGAAAAGCCCAGGAUGACAACAAGGAUCCUUAUCUCGCACUCAUGGAGUUAAGGAACUCGAAAAUUUCAGGAGUGAAAUUUUCCCCUGCACAACUUCUACUUGGACGGAACACGAGAACUCUUAUACCAACCGUGAAAUCCAGCCUGCGACCAAUGGGAUAUAAUACAGAGAAAGUUCUCGAAGAGCUCCAGAACCUCAAAGACACGCAAAAGUCUUUCUAUGAUCGCAACUCCAAACCACUCAAACCGCUUGAAAUUGGAGACACUGUACGCUUAAGAAAUCCAGGACAGUCCAUCAAAACACCAGGAAAAGUGGUUAGACCUGCAGAAACGCCAAGAUCAUAUUUCGUAUCGCAUGAAAAUUCAACAUUGAGGAGAAACCGCAGAGACCUCAUCAAAACAAAGGAACGAAACACAGAACAACAGGAAGACGCUGAGGAAUCAACCCAAAGUGAAAAUUGUUCAUUUCCAAAUAACCUGCCUAAUGAUUCUAGCGCUCAUUCUGGAAAACUUGACGUGCCAAGUAGUUUUACCACAUCUAAUGGUCGCGUGAUCAAACCACCUAGCACACUGGUUACUGAGUGCUAA